UUGUCGCUACCAUUUAGAAUUGUGUUGUUUAAUUAUGAUAACGUUUAUCGAAGAAUUAUUGAAAUACGGGACGUAAAAAAAACAAAAUCUUGAACUUUUAUCUUUGCUAUCUGUGCUAAGCUGUCAGGUUGAGAAAAACAUCAUUUUAAUUUGUAUGUAUUUCUGUAGUCUGUGAUAUCUGUCUGUGGCAGGAGCUUGAGCUUAGACUUUUCUAAAUCGUAAAUCUGUCGAAAGUAAAAAUAAAAAUAAUUCCGCGCUCGUAAUAAAUAAAAAAGAUGUGUGAAUAAAAGAGAAAAUAAAGUUCUAAAUUAAAAUUAGAAAGCUUCCUUUUGUUUUGUGUUGAGGUUAGUAGAUUGUCAAAAUUGUCAAUUCGAUGUUUUGAUUAUUACAAUUCUAAAUUUAAAAAUAAAUCUGCGUGAAAAUAUUUAAACGACACAAAUGAUUAAAACCUUGAUACGUAACGCAAUACGAGAGAACUGGAUUUGUUGAUAUAAAAAAACGUUCUGUGUUUGUUUUAUAAUAUUGUGUUACUAAUCUGAAAUCGAAAUACAGUAGUUUCGGUGAAUUGGUGAUAAUUAAUUAAGAUAAAGUGAACUCAAUACGAAGGUCUGGUUUUGUAAUAAUUGUGAUAAUUUUGCCCGUCGGCUGCAUCGAUACAUAGGGGCAGGAAGUAUAAUACAGACAGAGAUCAAUCGAUGUGAACUGCGGCGUAAUGUGACACGUAUGAGAUAAUGCUCCUGUUUAUGUCCGGUAAAGAAACGAGCCCUGACUUUACCAAUAGUAUGUUGAAGGGCGGCCGUUAAAAGAUGAAGUCUUGGGGGGAAGCGUUGGGGCGGAGUGCGUCGGCGCACUUCUCGCGCGUCGGCCGACUACGGCGGGCGCUGCUGCUGUUAGCUGCUGCUGCGUGCACUGCCGCUGCGUUGCUGUACUGGCGGCAACAGACCGACGACUCUGCGCACAGACCCCUGCACUCUCUUUACGCAAAUGUUGCCCCACAAUGGUCUUGGAUCUGCCGAAACGACCGUUGCGAGCGGUUUCUUGCAACGGAAACACCAAUACUGCAGUCUCUUCCCACUUGCAACAUGCUAUGCGCUUCGACUCAGCUCUGGCCGCAGCCGACUGGCCCCGUCAGCUUAGCUACCGCCGCGGCUCACGUGCGGUCGAACGGCUUCUCUCUACAAGUCGUCUCAUCACCUUCCCGAGAAAUAAAAGAGCAUCUAACCGACGCCUUCAAUUUGAUGUUAGAAGACUUCAAAUCGCUGGAACGAAACGCUGGCUUAGAGAACAGGCGAGCUAGUAGCGGGGCGCCCCACGACGUAGUAGUCCGGGUCGCAGUCAACGGCACCGCAGACCCGCGAAUGCGACAGGAAACCGAUGAAACUUACAAGUUGACACUACGACCAGCCAGCCAGACGCUCGUUGUCGAUAUAUCUGCACACUCGUUCGUUGGCGCUCGACAUGGCUUCGAAACUCUAUCACAGCUGGUCUGGCUGGAUCCCUACGCCGCUUCCCUACUAAUCCUCGAAGCUGCAACCGUUGAGGAUGGACCGCGAUUUCGGUACCGAGGACUUUUGCUUGAUACAGCCAGAAAUUACUUCCCUGUGAGUGAUAUACUGCGAACUAUCGACGCAAUGGGUGCGUGCAAAAUGAAUACGUUUCAUUGGCAUGUUAGUGACUCACAGUCGUUUCCUCUCAGACUGAACAGUGCCCCACAGUUAGCGCAACACGGCGCGUACGGGCCUGGCGCCGUGUACACUACCGAUGACGUGAGAGCUAUAGUAAGAAGAGCCAGAUUACGGGGUAUUCGGGUAUUAAUAGAAGUGGAUGCGCCAGCGCAUGUGGGUAGAGCAUGGACGUGGGGUCCUGUAGCGGGGUUAGGCCACUUAGCGCACUGUGUCGAAGUGGAACCUUGGAGUACAUACUGCGGGGAGCCUCCCUGUGGACAGCUUAACCCGCGGAAUCCUAACGUCUAUGCGAUUCUAGAGCGUGUAUACGCUGAGAUUAUCCAACUGACGGGAGUCGACGAUAUAUUCCAUCUGGGUGGCGACGAGGUGUCCGAGCGCUGUUGGGCGCAACAUUUCAACGAUACAGACCCAAUGGAUUUAUGGUUUGACUUCACGAAACGUGCGAUGAAAGCCCUGGAACGCGCUAAUGGUGGAAAGCUGCCGGAACUGACGUUGCUGUGGUCGUCGCGCCUCACGCAUACGCCGUACCUCGAGCGUCUUGACAAGAAACAUUUCGGCGUGCAGAUAUGGGGUUCGUCGCGGUGGCCGGAAUCCCGGGCCGUGUUAGACGCUGGCUAUCGUUCAAUCCUAUCGCACGUAGAUGCUUGGUACUUAGACUGUGGGUUCGGUUCGUGGCGGGACAGCUCGGACGGUCACUGCGGGCCGUACCGGUCCUGGCAGCAGAUUUACGAACAUCGACCCUGGAUAGAGGAGAUGCCGGGAUUAGCCACGGGCGUCGAACCUUGGAGGAUAGACGGUGGGGCGGCGUGUCAGUGGACCGAACAGCUGGGCUCUGGGGGUCUUGACGCGAGAGUGUGGCCGCGGACUGCUGCCCUUGCGGAGCGUCUGUGGUCAGACCGUGCAGAGGGCGCCACGGCAGAUGUUUACUUAAGAUUGGAUACGCAACGGACGCGGUUAAUAGCAAAAGGCAUCCACGCGGCACCUUUGUGGCCACGCUGGUGUUCUCAUAACCCCCACGCCUGCCUCUAGCCUUGAAUUAGAUGGGCAUGUUCUCCUGAAGGAGUAUGGAAUUUUAUAUAAUGGCUUGAAAUGCCACGCUGGCGAUUGCCGCUCGCACAAAACUCGAUUUAUGAAAUCUAUAUGCUUAGAUAGCUCGAAAAAUGUUUUUGUUACCUACUGAACGUUGUGAAAUAAAUUUUCCCUAGGCCCUGAUUUCCGAUGAAAAUCUAAUAUUAACUAACUCGUCACUGCGUUAUCAUAAUUGUUAUUGCAUGAGAAUGUCAAAUUUGACGUCACAUUAUUAUUCGCGCGUAUUUACGACUUGUAGGUUAUAUGAAAUCAGGGCCCAGUUUUAGUAUUAGUAUAGAUAUGUUGUAAAUAAUAAUGAAUUGUUAUAAAUGUAGAUGACAACUAUAUUAGAUUACAUUUAUGUACAUUGUACAGUGCUUUGUAGUUACACUUAAAUUAAACUAAUUUAAUAACUCUGUAAUUUUUCUUAAUUUAUAACUAAGUGAAAAUGUACUUGUAAUAUUAAGGUAAUGAAAAUACUAAAUUAUACAAUAUUAUAAUUAUAAGGUCUAUUAGAUACCCAUUUGACUGCCAUUUUAAUCACAAUUUAAAUGUUAUUUUGCUUAGUAGCAUAUGCACAACGUGAAGAGAACACAAUUAAAAUACUUUUUGAUUUAACACAAUCAUUAAAUUAAGUACAGUACAAUUUUUUUUAUAAGUUACUAUGACAAAUGUUUUACGUUAUAUCUCUAAAGGCCGAUUUACAUCAGACGAGCGAAUCUUAAUUCUAUUCCCACUCUAUUAAAUUAUUCUAGUGUAAACAGAUUUCAGCAUGAUUUCCUUAUUCUCUCUGCAUUGGCAUGAAAUUUGGAACUCCAUGGAAUACAAUUAACACUGAUCUCAAUUUGCUAUACUCCGUGAAAAGCAGGAGAAUCUGUCUGCUGCAAUUUAUAACUUCUUCAAUCUACAGUAUCAGUGUACUCUCUACGCACUUUUCACUCUGAUACCGAAGCAUCCUCAGGAGAUUUUGACUUUACAAUCUUACUUUAACUUAGCAAUUGGUAAUUGUAAAAACAAAAACGAAACGUGCGUUCUCUACGCUAGUACGUAGGUACACUUCGGGAGAUCUAUAUUGUGUGGAGUAUAAAGAUUGAAGAAAUUAUAAAUUGCACCGUAGAUAUUCCCCUGCUUCUCUCAGAGUAUAGCAAAUUAAGCUUAAUGUUCAUAGUAUAUCAUGGAAUUCCGCAAAGUAAAGACUGCUGCUGUCCAAUAUUCUAUGGCUAGUUCUAAGAACGCUCGCUCGCUUGAUGUAAACGGUACUAGAAAUUUAGGUUUUUCCUAGAGCCACAGAAUUAAGAACAUACAGAAACCGUGUACACGGCUAAUAUUGAAGAAUCAAAAACAACUCUUUUUUAGUAGUGUUUCAUUAACAGGCCGUAGGCAUUUAAUUCCAUUUAGCAGAUGACAGAAGUUAUUUUACCUUAAAUGUUCUAAACAUUUACCAUAAAAUGGGGAAAGUGAGAAAAGUUUGUGAGCUAGCAAUAUUCCUCGGGUGAGAAGUGAGACGAGCGCGGACGUUUUCACUGUUUUUGGACACAAUGCAAUAAUGGCUGAAUGAGGGUUCUGUUUGUUCUUAAUUCUAUGCCUAGAUCGUUCUUGCUUGUUCGGACAAGCAAGAUCGGAGCUGUCUCUUAAAAGCGUUCUUGUGUUCUAGGAAAAAAAUUUCGUUCGACGAAACAAAUAUUACCCAUGAAUUCCAGAACUAGGCACAUUCUUGAUUGUUAAUGUGUCGCUACAUACGCUAGAAACGAGCCUUCGUUUACACUAAAAGAUCUAGAAAUAAUGCUCUUUUCUAGUUCUGACGUGAAUGUAACGAUUGUGGGAAAAUUUACACUCUCGCCAUUGGGUACAUCGGAGACAGUGUAAAUCAUAAUAUUUAAGUGUGUAUAAAAUACGAUUUAAAUCAUUAUUGAAAUUAUUUGCUUUCAGUGAUAUAUUUAUUUGUAUGUAAAUAUUUAUUCAAUGUUGCCAAAAAAAUCUGUUCUACACAAAUAACUAAACUUAUCUAAAUCGACAAUUCUAAUAAUAUAUAAACUAAAAACACUGAUGACAUAACUGAUGACUGACAUAUACAUGACAUAAUUCUACUAGUCAAGCCUUUUCUUUUGGUGGAUAGAGAGUUGUGAUAAUAUAAUAUGUAAUCCACCAUUUUUUGCCGACGGCUAUCUUGUGCAGAUUUUCAUCAAACAUCCAAGAACACUCCAGAAUAAUUAACCUUUCAAACAAAACGUCGGGGUUAUUGCAACUUGCAUUAUUUUUAGAUUUGUCAAUUUAGUUUAGUGUGCAACUGAAAUGGCACCAAUGUGUGAUAAUCUAUAUAUGUAAUUCUAAAUAUGCAAAAAGUAAUCCAGUUAAAGAUUGUUAAAAACAGUCCAGGGAAUGAAAUUGCAAUACUAAAAAACUAUUUAAUUUUUAGACUAUGCACUUUGUUCAUUUCGGCCUUAACCGUAAAAAUAACAAUUAUUUUAAGUCAAAAUUACUUAAUUAAUAUUAGUAUCAUAUGAUCUUGACUAAUCGGAGAAUUUAAAAAACCGUCAUUCUAUUCCGUAAGACAACAAGGUUAACAGUUUGAGGUUAUUUUUUCUCUGGACAAUUCUUGAUCAGCACAUCGUAAAGGUAUUGUAUUUUCAUUUGCUCGCAAAAUUUCAGUUCAAUAGGAAACCUCGGGAUUAGGUCAACUGUAACUUCUAAGACAAAACGACCGGUGAAACUAAAAAUAAGCUUUAAAGAAUGCCGAUUAGUAGUAACUCUAUAAUUAUAUUUUGAAUUUGGAAUUCCUCAACAGACCUCAGUAAAUCAUUCACAAACUUAACAGUAGCUAUGUAUAAUAAACACAAUUCCUUUAACUUCGUGAUCAAACAAGAAAUGAGGAGAUCAAAAGAACCAAAAUUACCCACAUAGCUUACAAAGUUGCGUUUCGUUUCACAGAGGAAACUGUGAAAAGAAUAUUAGCUACUUUUAGACCUGUAAAUUUAAUAUAGGGAUUCGUGUAAAACUCGUUUUUCGUCAUAUGGCAGUAUCUAAAUUUGCAGAUAGCUGUCAUUUCAAUUAAAGAAAUGCGAAAAGGUGCCACUACUAACUGUUAACUGUUAAUUAAGGUUCUUCAUCGAAUCUAAAUAGACAGCUAUGAAAAAUAACUUUAUUCUUGAAAUUAUACAUAAUACUCGAAGGUUAGUUUUUUUUUUUUUUAAAUAGAAAAGACACACAAAAUUAUUGUAUUUUAGCAGUGUUUGCAUACCAUAACCCUUAACUACUCAUACCUGUACCUACUCAUUAAUUUUAGUUUAUUAGAACCUAAGUAAUAGUUUUGUUGGCUGACGUCGUUACCGCCACUUAUCCAAAACAUUGGAUGACGAUACAACAAAUCCAACAUGGCCGACAUGACAAGCAGACAUAGAUAUAUAAAAACACAACAUCGAGCUUGCUAUCAAACGGAUGUUCUCAUAGCAACAAAUUGACUUGUAUUUAGGUUAUUUUUGAUAGAGUAGUUUAUCGGGUUUUAGUUUUUGAAGUUUAUCUUGUUAAUGUAAAAAUUUAAAUCUUAAGUUAUUUAUUAUAUAAGUGUUUACGAUAGACUUGUUUUAAAAAUACAUAUACACAUGAAACGCGUGAACAACAGAUGUGUUUUAACAGUGUACUUAAAUGUCCAUUCCCUUUUAACUGUAUCAUAUAACUUGUCCCCUAUAUAAUGGAAGAUACUAUAUAAGAUAGGGGUCAAGUUAUUUUGAAUGGACUGUAACUGCUUGGGCGUAAGACUUUUUUUGCAAUGAUGAUAUAUUAUUUAAUGGAAACAAUGAUUUGAAAAAAAAUUGAUGUUAUGUAAGAGCGUUGACCAAUGUGCUUUAAAAUAAGGGGCCUAAAAAUUCUAAAUUCAAUUAUUUCAAGUAGGCCUACUUUAUAAGCACUGUUGAAACGUCAAGUCAGUUGUUUGUGACUCUACCACCGGUUCGGAAGACUUCAAAAUACUAAUCUCGUUCUACCCAGACGCCUUAUAACCACAAAGCAUAAGCAUAAAGAAGGUAAAUAAAUUUUAGUUCAAAAUUAUAUUUUGUGUAUACAUUGAUGCCAAUUAAUUAUUUCUAAAAUAAACUCAAUGAUGGGUGUAAAAGUAGUGCCGUCCUUUUCAUAAUUUUCGCUGUGGUAAAGGAUAGCGCAAUUUUUUAAUCUGUCAGUUUAGUUAAAAUAUUGAUGUACAACAGAAUCGGCGCCAUAGACCUCCAUAAUAGGAACUAUAAAUCUUUUAUAACAAGAACUUCUACAGUAGGAAAAUAUUAUUGUUUUGAGUACGUCAGUGCGUUAAGUGAUUAUCACACUGUUACAUGUCUAUCUUAUUUUAGUCCGUGGUAUAGAUCUAGUGAAUGGAUACUAAGAUGCAGAUUAUACUGAAGUAGUUACUAGCGAAUUCUUCAACACUAGCAACUGGGAAGUUGAUUUCGACUGGUUUAAAAGCUUAAAUCUGUACAAACUUCAACAGUCAGUGCUCUUAGCGAAACGUAUGUAAAAUAAAAAUAAGUGGUCCAGAAUUUGCUACUGUGAAACUAUGUAUUAGCAUUACGUACGUUUUACUAUAAUUAUAAUAUUUCGACACACGAAAACGACACCAAAUUAUUGUGAGUGUGCGCGUGCCCACACCUACGCAAGUUUGCUUACCCAGGGGUCGCCAUUAUAGUAUCAUAAAUUUGGCCCGCGAUAGCUUAUUCCUUAUUGUUGUUACUAUUGCUAUGAUAAGUUGAAGAAGAAAACAUAUGAUAAUAACAAUUACUCGGUUAUAUUUACUUGCAAGAAAAACUUAACGACCGAAAUGAUGGCGCAGAAAACUUACCUUUAAUAUCUUGGCUUAAAGCUUAUUCAUAACAACUUAUAAAACUCGCCACUAGAUGUCGUUAAAUGUCACAAUACACAAUAGUAAUAAGAAUGAGAACAGUAACAAUUAAUCGCAAAUAUUGUAUUCAUCUGUAGUAUUUAUCUAAUGUUAUUAAAAAAUAUUUUUAUUUAUUUUUUAAGUGAGAUUGGUAUUUAUUUUCAAUAUUUAAAUUGCAAAAUCGCUCGAUGCGCCAUGACAGGAGAAACGCCAAAUGACGUCACGUAAAAAUAAACAUAAUUUUGUACCGCUUGAACUUUAAAAAGACAAACACUCUGCACUCGUUAUUUGCGUAUAUCAACUGUUUUUGAUUUCAAACUAUCGGUUGCUUAGUUUUGUGUCAUCAAUACCAAAGUAAAUAAUACACGGUUUUUUGUCAUCGAUACCAAAAUCAAUAAUAGUGCGGCCAUAACACUCGAGCGUUUUCGCGGCAAAUACUAUAUUUAUAUAUAUUUUUUAAUUCCCAUUGAAAUAGGAAAAAACCGUUUGACUGCUUAGAUCGCGCACUUUGCGACUAGUCUAUCUAGGAUAUAUAAAGGCAGAGAAAUUAAAACUGUUUUGGCUAAAAUAUAGUUAUUUUAUAAUUUAUUAACGAUUACAUAUUAUCAUUAUUUUGUGGUAUAUUUAUUGAAGUAAUACCAAUCUUACUUGGAAAAUAAAUAAAAAUACGUUUUUCAUAAUACAUAUCAUUAACCCCACAGAAUUAAGAACAUAAGAAAGAGAAACAGAAGCCGUGUACACGGCUAAUUUUGAAGCAUCAAAAUCCACUCCACCUUAGUGUUUCUCGGACAGGCGAUUUGCCACUUUACUCCAUUUAGCAGUUGCCAGUAAUUAAUUUACCGCGGGUGUGAAAUGAGAUGUGCGCGGGGCGUUUUCACUGUGUUUGUAGUUUCGUACACAAUGCACUGUGCACUGCAGGCAACAAUGGCUGAGGGUUCCGUAUGCUUUUACUUCUGUGGUUAACCCUAACUAAGUAUUCGAAGUUUGGAGGCAAUUGCCCUUACCCUAAUAUUAUUGGUGAUUAGACUACACUAUAAAUAGAGCACUAACUCGGUGCCCCCCUAAAUAAGUGAAAUGUAAUUUGUACAGUGUACACAGAGUACCAUUCUGUAGCACCAUUAAGGGUAUUAUUUAGUGCCUUAUUUAUUGUAGUCGAAAUAAACGUAGCGUAACGUCAGAAAGGUUGCGCAAACUACUUCAAUGCUACACGUUUAUGUCUUUACACGGUAUUUUGUGAGUAAGGGCAUAGCAAAUAUAUUCAAGCCGUAUGGAAACUACGAAAAAACGUGCGAAACAGUACACUCACACAGAUGCACGCCUUUACGAGACCCUAAAGCUAUUAUUGAAGUAUUUUAGUCAGGGUUACCGUGUCGAGACGAGCGGUCGCUCGCGUUACUAUAGUGUAAGUAGGUCGUGUGGAGUGUUGGUAUUUUAUCAAUCUGUUCGAAAUUCCAUACUGCAUUAGCUUAUAUAUUUACUGUGAUAAGGGUAUGUUAGAUUCAAGCUAUAAGCCGUCGCGGAAGUUAACUGCGAGUGUAGCUUCGCGUAGGUCGGCAACUGUAAGGGCCCGCUGAUUGGCUGAUCGAAACGCACGAAGUUUGAUUGUUUUGUAAACGGUUUUUUUUAUAUAAGUGUAAUAAAGUAACCGACUCCUAGCUUAGUGUAAAAACCGCGUCCUUGACGUUAUUCAAAAUAAAAAAAAUACUCAAUUACUCUGAAAUCACAAGAUGUCAAACUAUUUCGUUUUUAGAUUGUAUUAUUUAUAUAGAUAAUUAAUUAGACAUGGGUAAUUAGUGCUGCAGCAGCUGUACACGAAUCUCAACUGACGGCAAGGUCAAAAAAAAUGGUUGUCUGUAAAAUCGGCUUACUAACGAUAGUUGAACGUGACAACGUCGUAAGAAAAUACUGAUGGAAUGGUUGCAUUUUUCAAAAGAAAAUUUUAAUUUUAUU